UCAAAUAAACUCGUUAUGAAGGAUGGUUGUUUGUGGGAUACCAAUGGGCACAUUCUCUAUUCUCCUCUUCCUUGCUGUGUCCCUUUGCCUGGAUUUGAAAACAUACGAUUUUGUGUUUCACAAUAUGAUGAUAAAGACAGAGUAUUGUUAAGAAAUCUGUGUUUUGAACUUGGGGCCAAGUUUGUGGAGAAGCUGACAAAGAAGGUAACCCAUCUAAUAUGCAAGUUCACCGAUGGGACAAAGUAUGAGGCUGCUUGUAAAUGGGGCAAACAAUGCAUUACAGCUGAAUGGAUAUAUGAGUGUGUCAGCCAGAUAUGGAAUGAUUUUGUUUGAAUACAAAACUUUCAGAGAAAGAUUGUCUCUCUUGAUUUGUAUCGCCCAAAAGAAGUUAAAGCUCAAGACAGAGCGACAGGCUUAUGCACUGUCAGCCAAUUUCCUACUCAAGCUGCCCCAAU